CUCUCUCUCUCUCUCUCUCUCUCUCUCUCUCUCUCUCUCCAUCCAUUGGUAUUUUCGAGACGCGGAGCUCGUGCUGUUCUGCGGUUCCAAGAUGGCGCUGUCUCCCCCUGAGCUCUACCACACUGAGUUCGUGCGCAGUGCGCGCGCGGUGGGCGUGCUGUGGGGCGUGUGCACCGUGUGUCUGGCCGUACUCCAAGUGGUGGUUCUGGUGCAGCCCGCCUGGGUGGUCACCACGGAGACCAGCUCCUCCGCCUCCGGGACCCUGGGCCUGUUCCAGGUGUGUGUGGAGGGGGACUGGCCCGGGCCGGACUGCCAGGGCUCCCCCUCGGCCCUGGCCCCCCUGCCGGCCUUCCAGACCCCCGCGGUGCUGGUGUGUGCGUCGCUGGGCGCCGUGUGGACCAGCGCCGCCUGCCUGCUGCUCUUCAGGGUCUGCCACUCGGCCGCCGUGUUCAAGAGCUGCGGCUGGCUGCAGCUCACAGCAGGUGUGUGUCUGUCUCUCGCCUGUCUGCUGUUCCUGGACUCCUGGGACUGUGCGGAGAUGAGGGCUCUUUGUGGAGACAGAGUGGGGAGCUUCCAGCCGGGGAACUGCUCGGUGUCCUGGGUGUUCACGCUGGCCCUGCUGGGGGUGCUGGACUCGGUGAUCCUGGCCACGCUGGCCUUCGUCCUGGCCAGCAGACAGGACGCCCUGCUGCCCGCGGAGACCAGGGACCAGAACCUGCUCACUAACCCUUAACCUCUCCUUAACCUCUCCGUAACCCUCUCCUUAACCCUGAACCUCUCCUUAACUCUCUCCUUAACCCUUAACCUCUCCUUAACCCCCUCAUUAACCCUUAACCUCGCCUUAACCCUCUCAUUAACCCUUAACCUCUCCUUAACCCCUAACCUCUCCUUAACCCCCUCAUUAACCCCUAACCUCUCCUUAACCCUCUCCUUAACCCUUAACCUCUCCUUAAUCCUCUCCUUAACCCUUAACCUCUCCUUAACCCUCUCAUUAACCCUUAACCUCUCCUUAACCCUUAACCUUCUCCUUAACCCAAAACCUUCUCACCAACCCUUAACCUCUCCUUAACCCUCUCCUUAAGCCUAAACACAUUCCUUAAUCUACAACUUCUCCCUAACCCUUAACCUCCUCUCAACCCACAAACUCUAUUUGAAACUGUAAUUUAUGUUUUUAUGUGUCUUAUGAAUGAUGUAUGUAGGUAUGCAUGUAUGAAUGAUACAUGUUUGAUGUAUGUAUGAUAUGCUGCUACUUGCCCCUGUCUCCUGCCCUAUAAGGACCACAAUGGAAAUAAGCCUUAGGGCUUUAUUGUGUCAUCCCUGACUAUCUUUAUUGAUAUAAUGUAUGGCACCGGUUGUUGUUUCAUAUUUUUGUGUCAAGAAUGGUCAAAUAAAAUCUAAAGCUAAAUCAACCCUUAACCCUCUCCUUAACCCUUAAACCUUUUCUUGAACCUAAACCUCUCCCUUACCCUUAACCUCUCCUUAACCCUUCUCACCAUCCCUGAACCCUCUCCCUCACCCUUAACCCUCACCCUAACCCUCUCUUUAAAUCGUUCCCAAAUCCUGUUGUCUGUUAAGUUGUAAAUAUUCUGAGCAGAGAAUUAAAGCUAUAUUCUAAGGAC